GCGCUGGAACCCAACUGUGACAUCACGCGGGCUUGCCGUAAGGCACUGCGGACAAACGCAGCCGGUACCACGCGGCGCCUCACACAGCCCGCACACCACACGCGCUCCGCUUCCUGCGUGGGCCGCCUCGUGACGGCAGCGCCACGAGGCGGCGAGUGCAGCCCCGCCAGCGAUGGCCCUCCGGCAACCGGAGCUGCCUCGCCCCGUGCUCCGCUGGCUGCUGAGCCUCGGCCUCUCCGUCAGCCCACGGAACUACCGCAGGGAUUUCUCCAACGGGUACCUGGUGGCGGAGAUCCUGUCUCGCCGCUUCCCCGCCCACGUCCGGCCCGACGCCUACACGAACGGCUGCUCGCUGGCCACCAAGCUGAGCAACUGGUCCCAGCUGCGGCGGUUUUUGGCAAAGCAAGAGUUAGACAUCACUCAGGAGCUGAUAGACGGAACGAUUCACUGUAAGCCUGGAGCGGCAGAGAGCCUGCUGCGAGAGCUCUGCUCCGCGCUGACCAGCAGCCGAAUUGGAAGUCUUCAAGAGAGGCAGAUUGACUUCACAGACUGCUGUUACCAGACACAGCUACCAGUAGCUGUCAGAGCAACAGCUUCCACAGCCAUCAAGAGUAACAUCAGGUUGACAGAGAUGCUGGUAGAACCCAGCAUCUGCAUCAAUAGACAGAAGGCCAUUACCAUCAUUAACAUGCACAUAGGAAUGAGGAUGCAAGAGAGGGCAGAGAAUCCACGACGGUUUAACAUUAAACCAAGUUUUGGACAGCGUGUGGUUCACCAUUUGGAUUGCAUCAUACCCUCUACGAAUACAGCUAGUAUCCCAAAGCAGCAUUUGUUACCUCAUAUUCAUCAGAAACCGGAGACAAAAUAUGUUCAUUCUAAAGAACUUCGGGGGAAACAGCUGACAACUCCCCCCUCAGGAUAGAUAUUUAGAACCAUCUGGAGACUGCUGAAAGGAUUAACCAGAGAGAUAAGGAACUUUUAAAUACAAACAAUCUCUCAAUCACAAUUGUGUUGACUGCAUAAUCAAUAAAGAGAAAUCUAAGUUGGCCAUUAGUUAGGCACAAAUUCAUUUAAAGCCAAAUUAAUUAAAAAAAAAUAGAUUAUAUCAUGUUCUACAAUACAGAUUUUAUUUAUUUCUACAGUACUUAACUUACUUGUUCAUAUAAUAUUGCCUAGCGUCCAUUUCAGCUUCAUUUCUUACUAAAGUUGAUAUGUAUCAGUGAAGGUUUCUGACACAGAUGGUACUGAUAGAAAAUCAGAGUCUACAAAGUUAAACAUUGUACAUGAAGUAGAUUAAGAUAUAAAGACAGUCUUCACAAGUGCUUUUUUUGGUUCCUUUGUUUUCAGUCAUCAUAAGAGCAAAGAUUCUGGAUUUUCAUUCCUAUAUAACCAUGAAAGCUUCAAAUUAAAAAAAAAAAUAGUAAUAUCUAUUCUGAAAGAGGUAUCUAAGCUUGGUAGUUUAACUUCAUUCUUUAGAGAAGUACUUCCUUGCAUUAGUGUAAUGUUAAAUUCCUGUAACUCUGGAUUUAAUAUUUUUCACUUAUGAAAACUCCAUAUUAUUAAACUUCAAGGUGUCAUAUCUCAUUUUUAAGGCAUAGUUCAUACCAUUGCUUUUUUUUUUUUUCCUCAAUAUUGUCUUUUAAGCCAUGUAGGAAAGUGUGUUUUGAGGAUCUCACAUUUGGCUACAGUCUGCGAAGCUUAAAGAUGUCUGUACUGGUCAGAUUUUUUCAACAGAAAAAGUUCGAUUUUGUACGGAUAAAAUGACAUUAACAUCUCAAAUAUGCUGAGAUUUAUAGUUAUUAGAAAACACUAUUAUAGAGCUUGCUAAAUUUCUUCAUUAAAACAGAAAUACUCAUUAUUAGAGAAAAAUUGAACAGUGACUUGAAGACUCUUAAAAAGAUUCUUAAAUAUUAAGGGAAAAUACCUCUAUUUGACUAGCUGUGCUGGAUAAUGAAGAACAUUUCUUUCCUUCACCACAUGGGGUUAAAACUGCAGUAGACAAAACACAACCAUUUUACUCACAAUGACUUAUUUUAUUUCAUCAACGAAACAAAAAUUAACCCUCCCUCUCUAGUUUGAAGAGGGAGUAAAAUCUGCCUAAGAUUAUGUGUUAAGGCACAACUUCCUUGCAACAAAUUGAUACAAUUAGACUAUCUAUUUUUAAGAUACUUAAGUUAUGAAGUACUGGUAAAAAUCCUUACAAUGCAGCAAAAACUUGGAAAUAGAGCAGAGUGCCAGUUGAGCCAGUCCUUCAGAUCCUGUCAUCAGACAUGAGACUGUAAAUUCAAUUCUUAGUUUCUCUCACCAAUUUUGUAUGAACAGAUAUCACACACAAAAUUGUAUGAUUAAUGUGGUAAAAGGAAAUAAUCUUUCAUCUUUGAAGCAACCCAUCAGAUAAUACUGGAAAAUUCUGUCACCAAAUAUAAAUUUUUAGUUCUGAAAUCUAACUUUAAUUCUCCAAACUCCACAAGGUUGAACAAGGGAAAACAUUUUUCAAACAAUACCUGCAAGAAGUAUAAUAUUACCAACUCUUAAGUAUGAACAGAAAUUUUUGUACACAUAACAAAGCAGCUAAUUUUCCUUCCAAUAAAUUCCUAUCACAGAAAUUCUGUAAUACAAUUCCAGAACAGGCAAUGAAAAAUUUAAUUAUUUUAAAAGAGAAAUGAAGAGAACGAGAAUUGUUGAUUUUUAACCUCCAUAGUACAUUUCUGGCAUGUUGACAUUGUUAUCCUUAGCUAGAUGAGGGCAGUGCUUAUAGAGCUAUUGAGAACUAAGAUGUACUAAAUACCACUUUGUAUUACUGCUGUUUUUAAAAGGAUUGCUCUAGACAUAGUUCUGCCAGUUUCUAAUGAUAACUUCUUUGUAUUUUAAGUAACUAGCAGGAUUUUUAUAUUUAUUUUAAAGCAGCUGUCACAACUGUAAUGAAGGUCAGAUAGAUUUCUGCUUGUAUGCCAUCGAGCUGAAAAUAAUAUAACUAAAGCAAGCUUUCUACAGAUUAGUAAUUCCAAUCAUAAGACUUCUAUGGUUAAAUUGCUUACAAUACACAACUUUAAAUUAUCUUGGUAUUCUACUGCCAUAACUUUCUUCCUGUUUGAGCACAGAAAUAGCACCAUGAUUCCAGCCCUGGUCUGGCCUAAUUCUGUGACUAAUGGGGUGAAGCUUCCCAAUGUGACGCUGUCUGAAACCCAUGGACCAUGCCCUGGAAAAAAGGGAAAAAGUAUGGAGAUGGGCCCAGUUGGGGAAAAAAACUCCAAAACAAUAACAGUGGUAACAAUCUAAGGGAGAAAACUAAUUUACUAAAUAUGAUAAUGGAAUGCAAGACAAUACAAUAUAAUUGGAAUCAAAGCUAAUAGAAUAAAUGAGGGAGUAUCUAAAAACUGAAAGCCUUACUCUGAUCCUGUAGAUGAGACAGCCAGCAAACACACGGAGCCAAGGCAGGCAAAAAGAAAGACAUUCUCAUGACUUACAGUAAGUUUCAGCUUUCCCUCUUAACAGAAAACAGAAAUGAAAAAAGUGAAGUCUUCUGCAAAUUGUGGUCCAUUCUUCUUUUCUGAGACCAGAUCUGCAGCAAUUACUCUUUAAUUCCCAGUGCACUGCAUGAUCUUAUGAUGCAGACUACCAAUAACAAAUCACAAAACCAUGACAAUCAGUAAAUAAAAAUCUAUGCGAAGUGUUUGUUUCUGGUCCAUCACACUACACUUAUAACUAAUAUAAAAUGUAAAAAUAAAGCAUUUUAAUGUACAUAAAGAACUUUAAUAACAUCACUACAUUUUCUGUUCCUUACAAAGGCUUUGUUAAAAAAAAAAAAGAUUUUAUAAAUACAUCUUAGCUUUCAUUGAGAGUAUACAGGGGGACAAAGUGUCAAAGAUGAACUUCUUAGAAAAUAUACUAUUAUAAUCUAGACAUUCAAACCUAUCUUAACAAAACAUUAAUAAACAUCUUUGUACUACUAUUAAUGAUGCAUGUAACUAAUGAAUGCAAAGGUCACCUGUGCACUUUCGAAAUUUUACUUUUGCUCUAGAAUCCUGUGUAAAAACUAAUUAAAAUUAAAAAAAUAGUCACUGUGUUAUUACAGUCAUUCUAAAACAAGUUGCAGUGGCUAUUCAUGAGGUCAUUAAUCCUUUGAAAGCGUAUUUGGGUUUCACAGUUUAUCUGUAUUUUGAUGAUGUGUAGGGUUGCCUCUGUGCUUUAAAGGGAUUUGUUUAGUCAAUUUCAGCUGAAAUAUGUCUGUGCUGUCUAACAAUUUGUAUUAAAAAAGACAUGGCUGUCAAUUAAGUUAGGAUUUUUUUUCUUUGGAUUCUCAAUAACUACUUCUUUGGAUAAUCAACAAACAUUUCUAUAGAAAUCUUUUCUCGUUGUUCUCAUUUUACAAUUUUAAAAGUCCAAAUAUUUGUCUCCCAAGAGAGCUUGACUAGCAUCUUUCUGUCCUUUC